GAGAUUAUUUCACAACCAGCUCUUACGCAUUCGAUGUCAAUUCAGGAGGAAUUGGUCUUUUUUUUCUGCGAGUAACAGAAGUAGAAAAAAAAAAGUUACAGGAAGAGGGAAGAGCUUGAUGAUCAUAGGGAGCAUUUAUUGGCAGUCAGUCAGAAAGUCCAAAGGAGUCACUUCUUUUGGGGAAGAGGUUACAGUAAACUAUCUAACCUCACUUUAGUACUACACCACCAUGUGACUGCCGGUAACAUACUUAUUUUGCCUUGACAACAACCGCGGUACAGUCAGCCUGGUUCCUAGUACAGCAUUUAAACGUGGUGCUUGUAACACUGUACAUGGCUUUAUGCUUGGUCGUGCGUCAGCGUCUUUUCAUCAGCUCUGCGUAAAUUAUCUCCAACAUGUUUUGGUUCAUGCAGGGACUCUGCUUUCUGCCAGCUUUUUUAGUCAUCUGGUCCUCGAGCACUUUCAUUGUUUCCUACCUGAUUGCGCUCCUCAGGCAUGAUGUCGACGUUAUCUUUCCAUACAUAAGUGACACAGGAGCAACACCUCCAGAGAGCUGUAUUUUUGGCCUGAUGACUUUCGUCUCUGCAUGUGCAGGAAUAGCCACCAUAUAUUCAAGGUACAAGUAUGUGGAAAAGCUGAGCGAGGAAACACAAGUGGUGAAACCAUGCCUCAAUAAAAGUGCUCUUUACAUUGGGUUGAUCUCCUGUUUGGGCAUGUGUAUCGUGGCAACCUUCCAGGAACUCACGGAGACAAAAGCUCAUGAUGCAGGAGCACUGCUUUUCUUUGUCGCUGGAGUCUCCUACAUCAUCCUACAGACUGUCAUAUCAUAUCAGGUCUAUCCAUAUGGGUCCUCCAUAAACGUGAUUCGAGUACGAUUGUUCAUCUCCAGCCUUGCUACUUUGGCGUUUUUCCCCACUGUCAUCUGUGCAUUCUUUGUGAACCAAACUAAACUUCACAGACACCCUGAAGACAAGGACUACCCCUAUCAGUUAGCCAGCGCUGUGUGUGAGUGGACAGUCGCUUUCAGUUUCAUAUGCUACUUCCUCACGUACAUUGACGAUUUCAAACUGUUUACCUUACAGGUGAAAACAGAGUACGAGGAGUAUUCAUGAUUAUCCUGCAGCUGCUUUAAAUGUUUUUCAAAAUAAAAUGCUGCAUAUGGUUUUAUAAUGCUUUUCUGCUCAUGCAUUUUUUAUAUCUUUUCUAUUUUUUUUACACUCCACACACAAUUGUGUGUUUUGUAUCACCUGACUGAAUUAGACGUCAAAAACUGGCAGACACUUUGAUGUUAUUUAUAUUUGACUGGCAGUAAUUGUGACGUUAAAGGGAGCUGUAACUUCAUACUUUUGAUACAAUCUGAAAAGAUUUUAUUGAGAUUUUUAAGUGUCUUUAUUGUUUCCUGUUCAGCUGAACUUCAAGUUGCACUUUGUCCAUGAUUGCCACACCAUCAUGUGGUUGUGUCAGGCCUGUGACCACUAAUAAGAGAAGUUCAUCACACAGUGAACACAUGAUUGCGGUGUUUAAAUGGGAAAACCACUUCAGCUUGAGUCUGAUUUAGUUUUAUGUGUUCUUAUGACAAACAUGAUGAAAACAAACUAAGCAUUCUAUCCCAGAUUGUGUUUGUAGAUUCUUGUUCUGCUGAAAUUUGACAUGAAACAAGAAAAAUAUUAAAAUUUUGUCGCUUCCUGUGAAAAAUGUUGUACUGUUGUUGACAGCUGAGAUGACAAACUUAGGAUAAAAAGUUUGGUGUACUGUAACUUUAAACAAUCAUAACCUGAUUGAUUUCAUUUAAUUCUGCCACAAAGUUAAACAGUGCAGCUAUAUAUGGGAUUUUAAUGUGUUUACUUCAUUGACAGAGCACAUACACAGAGAACAAGGCCAGUAAAGGCACAUUCCUGACGUAUAAAUAAAGCCUUUAUUCUCUGCUUUAGAUUGUUGCUCCUUGACGUGUUUGCCUUAUAACCACCAAGAACAGCAUUAAUGCCAAUUUAAACCCCUUGUCACAUCUCAUUGUGUUCAUUAUGAGAUUUUUUAGGAGUGUGAAGAAGUAAAUAAUUGUCACAAAAAUGUCAAGUGAAAGAUGUAUUUGUCCGAUUUUUAAUCUCUAGAUUGAGCGCAGCUACUUUAGAGCACACUGCUCAUGCUACACACAUUAUUUUGCUAUGAUACAAAUACCAUGUAAUUACCAUCACAGUGUUUCUUUACAUUUUGAAAACUUAAUCUAUAAUACUGUCAGGACGCUGGAGAUGUCCGUUUGACGACUGUCAUUUGAAGUAUCAGCGUAUUCCAUCAAUUUUACUUUCUAUCCUAUAUUAUAAUUUGGUAGCUAAGAGAGAAGACUGACAUGGUUAUCCAAAGAGACAAACCCCUGCUGUAAAGUUUAAGAGGACAUAAUUGAAGUCACAUGAUCACAGAUAAUCACGACAGAUAUUGUAUUUACAAGGGAAUUUAUGUUUGAUUCAGUUACUGUCUGUUGGUGCUGUAUAUUAAUGACAUGUUUUAAUGCACAGAUCAUGUUGCACUGCUGAGCAGUAUAAUAACACACCUUUUAUAACAAAAUGAAUAAUAAAGAUUAAAAAAAUU